GUUAUUUUUGGUCAGAUCCUAGAUUUCAAUUGGGUGAUUGCUCAGCCUCCUCCUCUGGGAUCUGACCAACCAGCAGGUGAGAGGGAGGGCUUCAAGUUUAUUCAGAAAUGUCCCUUUACAAUGGAGAGGGAUGAGGAUUUUAUAAACCGGCAGAGCAGAGUGUGUGUGAAUCGGACUCACAACAUUAGACGUUUAUGCUAGGCUCGUUUACUUGAAUGACACAACCAUAUCUAAAGCUUUUUGGAAGAGACAAAACCCUUGAUUUCAUUUUUCAAGGGAAACACUAGGAGGUGCAGUCAGCAGAAAAUAUGUCUAAAGACGAAGAAGGGGGUUGUAAGCUGAGCUCAGCCUGCAAGCACAAGGAACGCAAGCCCAAAAAACCCCAUUAUAUCCCACGGCCAUGGGGAAAGCCUUAUAAUUAUAAGUGCUUUCAGUGCCCAUUUACCUGUAUGGAGAAGUCCCACCUAUACAACCACAUGAAGUACAGUCUGUGUAAGAACUCCUUAUCCCUGCUGAUAGAAUCUGACUGGCCUUACAAGAAGAGUAAUUUCCUCAUCCCUGAAAUGCACAUUGUUCAAGAGCCCCAGCUAGAUGUUAGCUCAGAGAGACAAGAGGUGUGUGAUUCAACUGGACCUAACACUAUUAAAACCAGACUGGUUGUUCAGAAAGCUUUUGCCAACAUGGCAAAUUUCCAGGAUGAGGAAAAAGAGAGAGAGGAAGAUGAGGAGGAGGAAGUAUCAGGCCAAGGUCUGAAAGAAAAGGCCAUACGUUUGCAGAUAAACCCUUGCAAGAGUGAUGCUAACAUCAAUAUGACAGGGUUAAAGAGUAAAAAAGAGCAGUCAGGCAAGGAAGGAGAGCCUGAGUUCAUCAUUACUAAUGUGUUCUCUUUAGAGGGACAGAGUGACAAGGAAAAAGAAGACCACAAACUAGCCAAGGCUCCCAGAAAACCUUUAAAUAAUGUAGUCGGGGCCCGGUCUGAACAUUGGAAGCUGCUCUCCAGCUCGGUUAAGAAAGGUGGGCCAGAGACACAAGCAAGUUGUGCUGGAGCCAAUAUCAUUCCUUGCUACCCGCCAUCAACAUAUACAGACUACCAGGAACACCAAGGACUGUCACUACUGGGCAUUAACUACCCGUUAAAUACCAGCCUCUUCUCAUAUUUAAGCCCCGCAGUGUCAAGCAGUUCAGCGCAGCUUCCAUUCUUAGCCUCAACAGCCCAGCUCAUGCAACCUUCCUCUCAAUUCCAAGCAUUUCAGAACACAGAGAGGUCAUCUUUCCUCCCCAGGUUCUACUAUCCAUUGUUAUUUGAGCACGUAUUUAAUACUACUGAGAACAAAAUGGUUGCAGGAAAGCCAGUGAGCACCACCCAAGUGCCAGAACACCUGUCCUCCAUGCCAACUCCAAAGGCAAAGACGCUGGAGACUCCGAAAAUAUGCCUGAACAAAUCCCCAGAGACCAAAAGCAGCAUUUCUUGGGGCCCCAAUGACAAGGUAUCAAAGCAAAUGUCUCACCACAAAAUAACACAUAAUGAAGAAGUAAAAUGGACAUCCCAAACAGCAAGAGACAUUCUCCAACAUCAAAAGACAUCUGCAAGUUACGUAGGCCCCAUUUCAAGCAUACAUGGAAGCCCCAUAUUUCAAAAAGAGCCAGAAGAUGAUUUUUUUUGGGCAGAGAAGAAUCCUGUGAGGUAUUUGAAGAGAAAGGCCUGGUUGCUGAGAGAUGGACAAGAAGCAAAUAUGGGCCAGACUGCACUGCUUGACCACCAAGCCCAGGACCCUCAGAACAGCAACUCUUGCUCACCCACUGCUACGCCUCUUAAUGUCUGGAAUGAAAAAAUCCCCAUGAUGGAACAAGCUUCUUGCAAAAGGAGAAGAGAAUCAGAGCCCAGCACAGGCAUCUUGGCACAAAAGAGUGAGAAUACUUCACUGCUCAUUGGAGACCUCUCCAGGACUCUGGAGGAAUAUGGGAAGGUGGAAAAGAAGCUGUCUAACCUGGCAUCUGAGGACAGUGGCCGGCAGAAAGCUCUGGUGGAACAACUUGGCAAAAUACGCCUUGAACUGCUGCACAUCCACCAUACCCUAGAGAAAACAUCCUGCCCUUAUGAAGGACCAUUAGACCUCUCUGUUAAGAGGGCACAAGUGGGUAUGGUGGGGGCAGACAAAACAAGAAUAGGUAACAUAGUGACCCCACCACUUUCUGAGUGCCCAUCCAAGCAACUGAUGAAAGUGGAACUGUUGUCACCAGAGCUGGCUACCUGUUAUGUCCGUCCAACCAAGUGUGAAGCAGAUUCCAGCGUACUCCUGUGCCCAGAUGGUAGAAUUGGGGGUGCAGGCAUAGUAAAAACACAUAUAUCCAUUCAGGAUGAGGGGGCCAGUGCUGGUGUUAAUAUAGGAUUUAGCAAAGAGCAAAAGCAGAUGUGUAAAAAUGUGUAAUUUCACAAAAUGACCCUGCGACAGGGCAGCCACGUGCAUAAAUAUUUCCUAAAUAAUUGUGAAUGCUCGCUACAGUGAACUGAAAUAUGCUGAAAUGCAUAAUAUUUCAUAUACAUGUACGAUUUUUUUAAGAUUUUAUAGAGUUUAAGAUUAAAGGGAAAGAACUUGUGGCAGCAAUGCUCUAUGGCUAGCACUCUCAUUCAGUGUUGGACUGGGAUUUCUAGGGUCGACCAUAGAUGGUUCAAUUUCACAGCUACUAGAUACAGAUACAAUUGUAUAUGUUUUUAUAUAGGCCCACAGUGUAAAUACAGAAGGGCUGAUUCAAGUCUCCUAAGCUGGGGCCCAUCAGGAGAUCCUUGGGUACUCUGCUGAACCAGUCUGUCCCUGUUCCCAACCAUAACCAAACUCCCGAGCCUCCUUGUGUCUGCAGAAAAGCAGACAACCUGUCUUUAAAAGCAGACAAUCUGUCUUGUCUCCCAAACUUGGAAAUGUGUGCAAAACUGUUACAGAGCCUUAGGUCACCUUCAAACUAUGGUACCAGCAGUGCACAUCUAACAGACUGCAGUCUAUUUACCAUGCUCAAGUUCCGCUCUGAGAACUGUCUCUGAGCAGAGAGCCUUGGAGAAAGGACUCAUGAAAGGACACAAAAGCUUCACUCCUUCGCAAAUGUAA